AUUGCGGUGGCGAACGCAAGCGGACGCAUGAGCGGAUUCGCGCAGCAGCGACCAACCGUCCAUGGCUUCGAGGCUGAGCCGCUGCAGAUGGACGCCUUGAGCGCCGAUGUAGAAGGCUCGGCGCAGCCCAGCUUUAUGCAGUUCUAUGGCCAUAAAGGCCAGGGCCAGGACCUCGGCGGUGUCCUGCGGCAGCUCGUCAAGCGCAUCGACGAGACCGAGAAGCCCAAGUCGAUCCUCAAGGGUCGCCAAGACAGCCCACGCUAUAUGCAGGACGACACGGAGGUCCUCCUCAACUCGUCCACGACGUCGCACUCGAUGCGCGCGCAGUCGCUGGCCUUGAAGCGUGACCGCAUCGGGAAGCCCACGAGUCGGUACCAAGCAGGCGUGCCACCACAGCUCGGCCCGUCCCAGAACUUGCCGCCCGUGCCAGAAGCGCUCUAUCACAAGGUCGAGCAGGUCCCUUGGGAGAAGGACAUUCUGUGGGGCGACGAGAACGACGCGAGCACGUCCGAGCCGGCCUUUGUCCCGGAAGAGGACGACACGCCGUACCAGCAGUAUUCGAUUCCGCGCGCAGCACCAUUACCACGCUCGUCGGCAAUCCCAGGACCCUCCAAGGCGGCGCGCCAAGAUAUGGACAACGCUACGUCCCUCGUCCCGCAAGAGGUGGCACCAUUCGAUAUGACGCAACCGCGCUCGUACCGCUGGGAAGCGCCGCUGGCCGCGCUCAUUGGCAAAAGCAUGAGCUUGAACGCGUCGGCGUCCAAAGAAGCCGCUCGCAUCGCGCUCGACUGCGCGCUGAAUCCGUCGCUCGAGGACGACGCGUGGCUCAACGCGGUCGCCUGGGACCACUGCCUCGACAUGCCAAAGUCCGAGGUCAUCCUCGACGAGAACGACCGGCACCUCGUGCUCACGAACCCGCUCGUCGAGAACGUGCGUGCGACGCUGCGCAUUCCGGAGCGCAAGCUCGGCGUCCACGAGAAGCGGCAGGAGCUCUUGACCAAGCAGAAGAAGGAGAAGGACGACCGUAUCAAGGGCGUCAUGGGCAAUCUGACGUUCGGCGAAGACACGGCCGAGGGCCGCCUCGGGUCGGACGAGCUCAAGCGCAACAAGGACACGCGCAUCGUCAAGCACAUGGGCCACGUGCACCACUCACUCCCGGCCAUCAAGCUCAGCUUGACCAAGCCCGAGCUGCCCAAGCAGAAGCUCCGUGAGUUUCACCGCCCGCGCGGCAAGUUCAAGAUCAACGAGCGCCUCGUCAUGGUGCACGCCAAGGACGCGGAGAAGGUCACGAAAGCCUCCAAGGUCACAGAGCUCGAGAUGACGGACCCGACGCUGUCGCAGAUCAAGAAGACGUCGGAUCUCAACCCGACCGCGGGUGGGAAGCUCAUCCUCCUCGAGUACAUUGAGCAGAAGCCGCCGAUGCUCUCGAACCCCGGCAUGGCCUCCCGCAUUUUGCACUACUGGCGCCCGCCCGCGGCCGACGGCGACGAUGGCGCCACGAAGGGCAAGGGUAAGAAGAAGCAGGUGCUGCCCGAGCCGCCGAGCGUCAAGCUCGGUCAGGUCGUGACGCUUGGCGCGAACGAUGACACGCCGUUCAUUGGCGACGUGCCGGCCGGGAAGAUGGUCACGUCGCUCAACUCGAAGCUCUUCAAGAUCCCAAUCUUUGAGCACGCCGCGCGCGGGUCGAUGCUCGAGCGCUCGAACGACUACGACUACUUCCUCCUCGCCCGCGCCGUCUCCAAGAAGGGCGGCUUGAAGGAGGGCACGACGACGUACCUCAUGGAGCUACCGCCGCUCUACAUUGCGGGGCAGGUCGAGCCGCAAAUGGAGGUCCCUGCGCCCAACUCGCGCGGCGCCAACGACUUUAUUCGGCCGUACAUGUCGUUCCACAUUCUCCGGCUCUUCAAGAAGGCGAGCGACGGCGAGCGGCUCAAGAUCGAAGACAUCCACCGCGUGUUCCCCAACCAGUCGGGCACGGCGAUCCGGAAGCGCAUGAAGGAAGUCGCGACCUUUGAGCGCGGCGGCAACGACUCGGGCUGGUGGAAGAAGAAGGCGGCGCACGAGCUCACGAGCGAAGACGAGAUCCGCGCCAACGUGUCGCCCGAGUCGGUGUGCCUCUACGAGAGCCAGAUGAGCGGCCACCGCCGCCUCAUGGACAUGGGUCUCUCCAAGCUCUUCAGUCCCACGGGCGUCCAGAACGCGAUCGAGCACCUCACCAAGCGCCUCAACUACCGACAAACGCUGCUCAAGACCAAGGUGCUCAUGCCGAAAGGCCUCGAGGGCCGCACGCUCGAGAACGAAGCCAAGAAGCUCUACGAGCUGGACCCGGUCCUCACGAGCCUCAAGCGCGACAUCCAGAUUGCACGAUCGAUCGCGCUCCAGCUCGAGCUGGCGCCGUGGACGUGGACCAACAACUAUGUCGAGUGCCACCUGCAAGGGAAGGGCUCGGGCAUGCUCCAGCUCGGUGGUGACGGCGAUCCGUCGGCGUGCGGUGAUGGCUUUAGCUUUAUUCGCGCGCCGCAGUCGCGUGCGAAGAAGAAGGAAGGCGACGAGAAUGCAGCGACAGACGAAGCCGAAGUGCAAAAGACAUUGGCGGCCGUCACGGGCACGACCGCCGAUCUGCGGAAGCUCAAGAUGAAGGAGGCCGGCGACGUGCUCAAGACGCUCGGCAUGGACGAAGCCGACAUCAAGAAGCUUCGACGCUGGGAUCGCAUCGAGAUGGUCCGGACGCUCAGUACAAAGGCAUCGCAGCGUGGCGAAGCCGGCGGUCUCGGCAAGUUUGCUCGAGGCGCGCGCAAGUCGCUCAACGCCCAGCAGCAAGAGUACCGAAAGAAGUGCGAUGCGCGCUACAGUACGCAGAUCGAGGUCCUCUCCAACAAGCAGGUCGUCGAGGACAGCGACGACGACAACGAGUCGGACGAAGGCGACGACGGCCUCGGCGACCUCGAAGAAGACAUUUUUGGGGCCGACGGCGACGGCCUCACGGCCACGACCUCGCGCAGCGGCCCGUUCAACAUGUUUCGAAAAGACGGUGUCGCGUUCAACCGGUCCAAGUCGGCGCUUCGGGAGCGCGACGACGCGGCCGAGCUUGAGAAACUCAAGCGCGAUAUGGCCGACAACUCUGGGAGUACGUACUCGCGGAGUCGGCCAGACAUUGACGCGUCGAACCUCCGGUCGCAGCUGCAGGCCAGCGGCAUCCGUGACAGCUCGGGGCGCCCGACGUCGCUCCUUGCAACGCACCAGUCGUCGACGAAAGCGAGCUCGGUCAUGUCGUCGGCUGUGCACUCGCCGUCCAACCCCGCGUCGCGCGUGCCGUCGCCGCGUGCUGCGCCGACGAGCAGCCAGCCGCACCGCCAAGCGAUCAAGCGCAUCACGCGCACGAUCGAAGAGGACGGGUCGGAGAAGAUCAAGAUUGAGUUCAUCGUGGACCCGAAGAAGAUUGGGCAGUACAAGGCGAACGCGGCGCGCAACGAGCGUCUCCAGAAGGACGAGGAGCGCGAGCAGAUGCGCAAGCAGCGCAAGCGUAUGCAGCAGAUGCGCGCGGCCGACGACGAGACGGGCGGCGUUCCCAACGUGCACAAGCUAAAGGAGGAGCUCAAGAUGCUCGAGAAGAAGCAAGAGAGCACCCGCGAGUACGUCGAGCGGCUCGAGAAGGGCGAGGACGUCGGGUCGACGGCUGCGAAGGGCGUCAUCAAGUGCACGCAGUGCGGCGAGGUCGGCCACAUCCGCACGAACCGCAACUGCCCGCUGUACAUGAUGGAGCCAAUGACCAAGGGCGAGAGCAAGAGUAAGGACGUGCGUCCGCUCAAGCUGACGCUGAAGAAGUCGUCGAUCAACGCGUCCGACUUGGACCCGACGUCGUGCACGGUGAACCUCUCGAAUCUCCAGGAGAGCGCGCGGCUCCACGAGAUGGAGAAGAAGCGCAAGCGCAAGCAAGAGCACGAAGACAGCGCGUCGCUGUACAAGCGCGUGUACGGCGCCAACAAGAAGCCCGCGCGCAGCCUCUCGCGGCUCCCGAUCGCGCGCCUCAACGGGUACCUCGAGCUAGUGCUCUUCAAGCUCGUGGCGAUGCCCGAGAGCGUCCUCUUUCGCGUGCCCGUCGACGGCAACGUGGUCAAAGACUACUACACGGUCAUCAAACGACCGAUGGACCUCCAGCGCAUGAGCCUCAAGCUCAAGAACCUCGAGUACGACUCGAUGCGGUCGUUCACGGGCGACGUCGAGCUCAUGGCGACCAACUCGCGCUUGUACAAUGGCGAGAUCAGCGGCAUCACUGUCAACGCGUUCAAGGUGCUCGAGAAGGCCAAAGAAGAGCUCCAGACGCUCAACGCCGACGGCGUCCUCCUCGCCCUCGAAAAGCAAAAGCUCGCGCGCGUCAACUCGAUCUCCGAGUCGUAACGCUGUAGAUUAAACUGUGCUGUGUGAGAUGCAGUGUGCUGGAUUGGACUGCAACAUGACGAUCGUCGUGUUGUCGGAGCCUGUUGUCGGAGGGACGGCUCCCUCGGCCCAAUAAGAACGUAGUGGAACAGAGCUGAAAACGACAAUUCACCAAUUACAAAUUAUACGACUACCAAUUACAAAUUAUACAAAAG